AUGUCUGUAUUAGAUUUAUGGAGUCAAGAGAAGCCAAUGGCUUCCCAAGCUGGUGGAACUGAGGCAGUCGUUUCCAAAGCUCCAUCCGAACAAGAUGUUGAGCGAUUGGUGGAAGCGAAAUAUAAGGCAGUAAUAGAGGCUCUCCAGACCACUCUUCGGAAUCAAGGUCAGCAGCGUGUUGCAGCGGAAGCUCCUCCUCCUAUGGAGAGGCUUCCAGCUCGACAGAGUUCGCCGCAGUAUACCAGAUACCAAGAUUAUCGGCAUACUGCCUAUCAACGUGAUGGUUUUCCUCCUCCACCACAUGUGCACCGAUCUCAGGAUACCCAUAGUUCCCACUUAUUUCGUGGGGAUGGUAACCGUGAGAGGGGCCACAAGUCUGUUUCCUGGCCCAAGUCCAUGGUUUUCGAUGGCCGCGGGAGUUGGCAAGCGUUCAUCGCUAAGUUCAACCUUGACGCUGAGGCGUUUGGAUGGACUUUGAGCCAACGAAGGAAUCAACUUUGCUGGUGCUUGGGUGGAAGUGCAAGCGAGUAUGUCUCAUUGCUCGUUAAGCAUGAACCUCAUCUUGGGUUUGCGGACUUAGUCCGGAAACUGGAGAAGCGGUUUGCGUCAAGGGACGAAGUUGCACAAUUGCAAUUUAAUUACGCGAGGCAGCAACCUGAGGAAUCCCAUGUAGAUUGGGCGAACCACCUUAUGACAUUGGCUGCUCAUGCCUUUGCAGAUUUACCGGACCACCAUGUUGAAAAACAGGUCGUCCAUAGAUUUUGCCAAGGAUGUUUUGAUAGAGAGGCUGGGCACUAUGCUAUUUAUUAUUGCCCUAGAUCUUUGGAUGAAGCCAUCGACUUAGUCAGAUGGUUUCAGCAUACCCAUAAGGCAAUUCAUGACAAAUCGCGGAAGGAUGUCAGACAAACGUCUGUAGAGGUAUCUGCAGAGGAGCCAAGGAUUAGCCGUACAGCUACACCUGAUCCUCCACAACAACAACCACAACCCUCCCGAUUGGACAGGAUUGAAGUUUCGAAUCUGGAGAAGGAGGUGGAUCAGAUUCAUGGUUCUGUUUCGUCGAUGGAGACUCAAGUGAAGAGUUCAUAUUCUUCAAUUGGAUCUCAAGUGAAGAACCUUCAAUCCACUGUCCAGGGACUCGUUGUUGUGCAGAACUGUUCUCGAGUCGAGUCUGACUUACCUGAACCUGAUUUCGGUCAGGCCGGAUUUGACUUACCUGAACCAGAUUUGGGACCGUCGAGAAGGGAUUUGCUUGCGCCUGAUUUAGGUCAGUCCGUGGGAGUGGACCUGCUUGAAGUGGUUUUAGGUCAGUCAAGAUUAGACUUACCUCAACUGGAUUUAGGUCAGUUGAUUGGAUUAGAAUUACCUGAACUGAAUUUUGGUCAGUCAACAAGAGUAGACGUACCUGAAGUGGAUUUCGGUCAGUCAACAAUAGUAGACUUACCUGAACUGGAUUUGGACUUACCUGAAUUGAAUGUCGGUCAGUCCGCAAGUAUUGAGUCUGAACUUCUUUCCGGAGAAGACCCAUUGGAUGAGGAUGUUAAUCCGAAACCUGGGUCGUCUCAGUUAGGUACGAGUAAAUCAACUCUUCUAGACAAGGGGGGUAGUCAGGAUUCGGAUCUGCAACCCGAGUGUCCUGAAUGUUCUUGGCUUCUCCCGCCUUGGCCUCCUCCUGUUGACGAAUCAAUUGAUGUUGAUGUACCUGAAUGUUCUUGGCUUCUCCCGCCUUGGCCUCCUCCUGUUGACGAAUCAAUUGAUGUUGAUGUACCUGAAUGUUGUUGGCUUCUCCUGUCAUGGCCCCCUCCUCCUGUUGAUGAAUCAACGGGUGUCAAUGUGCCUGAAUGUCCCUGGCUUCUCCCACCAUGGCCACCUCCUCCUGUUGAUGAAUCAACGGAUGUCUAUGUGCCUGAAUGUCCCUGGUUUCUCCCACCAUGGCCACCUCCAUUUGAUGAAUCAGCGGAUGUGGUUGUGCCUAUCGCACAGGAUUGGCCAGCGGAAGUGAUAGUGUACAAAUUAGGUAGCACUUUGAUUUUCAGUUGCUCUUGGGAUUGCUGGUCAAGGAGAAAGCUGUCAUCAUCAAGGUACCUCUCUUUCAAUUCUAGUUUGUAUGGGUUUUGUACCUCUCUCAAUUUCUUGUUUGUAUGGGUUUUGGUGUAAUGCUUCCAUUACCUGUUCACAGGUAAUGAAGUUGGUUCUCAGGGGACUAACUUGGGGCAUUGCACUUGCCUUUCUGGGACUCCGCAUUGGAAGCAGCUUCUUUUCUCACGUGAGAAAACCGGCAUCUGUAACCAUAACUACACCAUCCAGACCUUGCAUAGAAUUUGCAAACCUGUUUUGGUUGGGGUGAUGCUUAGUCUCCUGUGCCAGAUACCGGCGUCUUACCAUCAGGCUUGGCUGUAGAUCCCCGUUCCCUGCUGUGUCCCUCAGGCCGAGCUGGGUGAAGGAAUCUACAAUUUCGUCCAUAGCUGCACCUACCAGAUCGGACAAAGUAAAAGCAAACCUUCUCUUGGGCUUGUUUGCUUUGAUCUUUUGCUGCUGAUAAUUCUGGCUUGCUUUCACCGCUUGUUGUUUCUUCUUCGCAGUUCUGCUGUCCAUCAACGGAUAGAGCAGAGAGCAGAGUUUUCUACUACUGCUCCAUCUUGGCUAUUUCUUUCCGCUGAUGAAAUGGAAUCCGUUGCCUUCGUUGCAGACGAAUCGGCUGCUGUAAUAUCAACAGAAGAGCUAUUGGGAUUUUCUGCAUGAUCUGCCCCUGUUCUGACAUUGCCUAUAGUAGUCGUAGAUUAUGUAGUUCUGUUAGCCAAGAAGUCAGAUUCAGUCUCGGAACCCAGGUCAGGUCAUGUUUAUAAAAACUUAAGUUAGAUAAUCCAGGAGAUUAUGAUUAUAAUUUGAGUCAUAUCAGAAGAAGAUCUUGGAAAUAAAUUCUUAUGGAAUGACUAAAGAGUUAUUUUCUGUUAAGGGUGACCUGAUUUGGAAGAGAGACCAAGAAGAUGGCCCAAUAAAGUGAUUCCUUGUUUAUUACAACGGGAAGUGAUCUGGUUGAAUAUGAUGUCCCUUCGACCGGUCAUGCUGGUGUUAACCCUACCGGGAGUAUAAUCAGGUCCGGGUAUUUCGGGUAUGGCAUGUCGAGGGAUAUUAGAGCGUGUGCUCCAUGCAAACAGUAUAACAAAUCUGUUAGAUAUGGAAAAUGCUCCCUGAUUGAUUAUUCUCGACCUGGUCAUGCACAGACAACCGUGCUCUUCCGCAGAAGGUAAUUCAAGGAAAGGAAUUAUAUUGUUUUUGUAAUGGCUAAGGCUAUCGAUAAGUAUUGUUCCAGCAUCGGUUCCCCAGCCUGAGCUUUGGCUAGACCGGGGUCGACCUGAGGCGGAACUUAGCAAUGGAUAGGCUUCUAGUCCAUAUGGUAUUUCAUUCCUGUUAAAGCAAUCCAGGUGUCCUUGAAUUAUGUUGGCAGGAUUUUCUGUUGUUAUACAGGAUUAUCCGUUGUAUAAAUACAGGAUUCUCCGUGGUUGUAUAAAUACAGGAUUCACUGUUGUAUAAAUACAGGAUUUUCCAAAUACUCAGUUGUUCUGGAAUGUGCAUUAGACUCGGUCACUGUACGGUUACCUUGAGUUUAGUGUACUUGCAAAAUCAUGGAUUGUAUUAACGGACUGUAACUCUUUAUAUAUUCUGUAACUCUUUAUAUAUUCUGUAACUCUUUAUAUAUUCUGUAACUCUUUAUAUAUUCUGUAACUCAGUGUCCCCCGGUUUGUUAUGCUCUAAUAGGAGAGUUUUUGAGAUUUUGCAAUAUCUGAGAUAUAUGCUACAAUCUAAUUAACCGGGAGGAAUGUUGUAAAAUUGCCUUUUGUAAGCCAAAUUAUUGUACCCUAUUUCGCGGACGCGUAAGUUCAUACAUGUCUUGGAUGCGCUUACGCGUCCGUCCGUCGCCAACCUCUCAAAGACGGGCCUAUAAGAGUCCCGGACACGGGCCGUCACCUCAUUCUGGAUUCUGAUGAGCUGUUGACACACACACUUACUCCAGGAUCGCUUAGUUUCCCGAAUCAUGGACUCCCGGCUCACCUCAAGACCCGGGAGUUAGCAUGUUAGCUGAGCAUCUUCAGCUAUGCUGAGCUUAGCUGAAGGACAA